UUUUCGCUUAGUUUUAUCUAGAUUUUCUAAUCUAGAUUUAGACGUCUAUAGAUGGGUUACUGUCAAACAUCAUCACUCGUGAUAAGAUUUAGACUAGAAUAAAUAUCUAAAUUCUAGAUCUAACUCUUCUAAAUAAAUAGAUUUAAGACUAAGAAGUCGCCUAUAUUAUAACUAUAAUAUAAUUAUAAUAUACCGUAACAUAACUUGAGUCUUGACUUAAGUUUAGAUGAUUUAUGAUUUGAACUUGAUGAUUGACUUGUUCUGUGACUGUGAUCAUUCUUCCACCAGCCCAUGAAAAAUUUCACAAUGGAAACAUUUGAUGAGGACAGGCCAUGCAGUAUUGAAGAACUAGAAAAUAUCAUCACAUCACCUACAGGGGGACUGACAAUGCUGCCAAGCACAGCAUUUGAUAAAAUAUGUGAAGGAAUUUUCCUUGGGGAAGGUGAUACAGCUAAGAAUGUGACAACUAUGAAGCAGCUCGGUGUCACUCAUGUUCUUAAUACUGCUCUUGGGAAGGAUGCUUUUCAUGUGAACACUAAUCACGUCAUGUAUCAGAGAAAAGGCAUCAAGUUCCUCGGCCUAGAAGCCACAGAUGCCAUGCACUUUGACAUGACCAAAUAUUUUUACCCAGCGGCAGAUUUUAUUCAUGAAGGACUGACAUCAGGAGGACAGGUGUUUGUUCAUUGUGUUCAGGGUGUGAGUAGAUCUGCUACUUUGGUCAUUGCCUAUUUGAUGAUUAAAAGUCACAUGACAGUCCAGGAUGCUGUUCGGCUGGUUCGUUCUAGAAGAGAAAUUUCUCCAAACCCUGGGUUCUUACAGCAGCUGUGCAAUUUGAAUGAAGAGCUUAAAAAAUCUGGCCACUUUCCUCAUACCAACUCCACCUUAGCUGCAGCUAUUGAAAACAGUGAUGUGGAAGAUGAUUGUGGAGAGGAAGAGACGUGCACUGUUAAAGACCUUGAAGAGAUUCUUACAGCACCCAUUCAAGUACCAUCAUCAUCGUUAAGUCAGAUCAACGAAAAUAUAGCUCUUGGUUUGAGCCACUUCAUGAACAGCAGUGAUAGACUUCAAAGAUUUGGGAUAACUCAUGUUUUAAAUAUGUCCUACAAGCAGGGAGAUGAUUCUGACACCCCCCUGUAUCAACAAAUGGGAGUUAAGUUUCUUGGUAUUGAAACCCAGGAUACUUUAACAUUUGAUAUGACUCCAUAUUAUGAACUUGCUGCUGACUUUAUUGAUGAUGCUGUUCAGAUAAAUGGGUGUGUUUUUAUUCAUGGCGUUGAUGGAGUAAGCUGCUCAGCAACAGUGUUGAUUGCUUACUUGAUGAUCAAGAAACACUACUCUCUCAAGGCAGCAGCAAGAUAUGUACGCAGGAAGAGAGACGCUUGUAUCAAUGCCAACUUUCUUCAGCAGCUCUGUGAUUUAAACUUAAAGCUCCAGCAAUGUGGACAUUUUAAGUUAAGGAAAAAUAAUUUUACUGACCCAAUUAAAUGAAAAUGUAGUUUGAGUACAUUGUUUAUUUUGUUGAUUUUUUUUCAGCAUAACUAUUAUAUCUAUCAAUUGAUACACAAAAAUAGUGCUAGUAUAUGAAAAUAGUCACUACAAUAGUCAAACUUAACUUAUGGAUAAUAAAGAUUAUUAUUAUUAUUAUUAAAAUCAUUUUGUUACAAAAACAAGAUUGAAUGAUGCAUUAAGUUCCUGUUUAAGUUUGGAAUAAAAGGCAUGAAAUACUGAAACCAUUGAGUUUUUAAUAUCUCUGUGCUCUAUUACAAACAUUAAAAAUGAUCAUUGUGUUAUUUCUGUAUAAGUAAGUCCUUCACUGACAAAUGUAUUAUCAUCAACUCAGAGACAUUUGCCCUUAGCAAUAGAUUCUGUAAAUUGUACAAUCUAUGUUUAGGCUGAGAUAUUUUAAGUAGCAUUUCAAAAGCAUAGCACCUUAUUAUUCAGGCUACUUAAAUUGCUCCAUUGAAAAGCAUAGCACCUUAUUAUUCAGGCUACUUAAAUUGCUCCAUUGAAAAGCAUAGCACCUUAUUAUUCAGGCUACUUAAAUUGCUCCAUUGAAAAGCAUAGCACCUUAUUAUUCCGGCUAUUAAAUUGCUCCAUUGAUAGCUCCAUUGAAAAGCAUAGCACAUUAUUCAGGCUACUUAAAUUGCUCCAUUGAUAGCUUUGUGAUAUUGCUAAGUAUUUUCUCCAUUUAACUGAAACUCUAACAAUAAAAAAUUCAUCUUCAUUUGAGGGUCUCUCUUGUCAAUAUGAUUUAGGUGGAAGUAUAUGUGAAAUAGAUUGUCCUGCAGUAUUUAUAAGUUUGUGUAACACAAACUCUGUUUAUCUUGUUCUGUAAUCGAUUCAUUUGGUUAGUUCAGGAUGAAAUACAUCUACUUUGUUUUUUGUUGGCGUUGUUAUUAAAAAAAGGGUACUUAAUUUUCUUCAAAAGAAAAGAAUUUUAGAUUUUUACAUAUGCAAGUGAUAUUGUUAUGUUUUUGUUUUUCAUUCGACUAGUUCGUUGGUUUUCCUAGUGAUGCCAACUCCCACUGUUUGAAAGGCAUGGGAAAGAGUUAACGAUUAACGAGAGUGUCCUAACAAAUGAACAAAAAAUGUUUCUUUGUCAGCAUUUUAAAAAGUUCUGUUGUUUUUUUUGUUUGUAUUUGUAAAUUAUAGCUUACUUUUUUUAAUAUAUUUUCUUUAAUAUUUUAUUUUUACACCGUGUAGUAUCUAAAUUUAAUUUCGUGUAUUAAUGUUGCAACACAUUAACUUAUGCCAAAUCUUUCCAUUUUUUUAAAGUUUUGUAUUUUGUGUUUGACUAAGUCAUGAUAUCACAGAGAGGCUACUGAAAAGCAAAAGCACCCACUCCCCUUUUUAUUCUAUUGUAAACUGUCUUUUUAUAUACUAUGCUGAUGUGUUCAGCAAUUAUUCAUUUACUUAAAAUAAAAAUUAAAUAAUUAAGUUUUCAAGGCGUGAAAGCAUGACCAUAUCCAGACUUAGGAUUGGCCAUACCUACAUUAUGCACUUUUUUGUGCUAAAGAGAGAAGAGCCCCCGCUGUGUGUGCACUGUGACUCUUGUCUCACCGUGGAACAUAUCCUCCUUGAUUGCCCCCAGAUACCAGGGUAUUAGAGUGAAUACCAGGGUAUUAGAGUGAAGUAUUUUGGCGCCAACAACUUGAAAACACUGUUUGGUCAUGUCGACCCUUGGAAAAUACUGAGCUUUAUCAGAAAGAUGGGGUUGACUACAAUAGGGCAAAGUAAUUUUAAUAUAUACUAUUUACAACAGAUUUUUAUUAAAUUAUUUAAAUUUUUACCAACACUGACCUGCAAAGUCACAACCUAUGGUCAGUGUAGACUAAUAGCUACUUGCCACAUCACAGGUAUGUAUGACCUGUAAAGUCACAACCUAUGGGCAGUGUAGACCAAUAGCUACUUACCACAUCGCAGGUAUGUAUGAUGUGGCAACAAGCUGAGCUAUUGGUAUCCACUGCCAGCAGGCUGGGCUGCGACCUUGCAGGUCAGUGUUGAGGCCUACAAUUGGUCUUGGUCUGGUGACUCUCUUAUGAGUAACUCUUCAUGGCAACUUUCCCAAGUCCUCUUUUAGUCAAACACAAAUAGUCAUUACAUGUUUUUGUUGACUCCAUUAAAGCCUGACAUGUUAAAUAUCAAUAUAGCUUCCUGUGAUGAUAGAAUUAAACAGUUGUAAAGCUCUUUUA